GAAAGGCCAGCGAUUUCUGGAAACGCAGUCGUUCGGGUUUAAAUUCUUUUGGUGGAAAGAGAAAGUCCAUGGCGUUGAACGUUGGAAUUAGAUCGGCUUCUAAGCUUCUGACUUCGUCCUCUCAACCACUUCUCCACAAGUCCGCUAAUAGAGGGGUUCAUUCAACUGGAGUGAAGAGUAUGGGGGGAGGUCAUGGGCAUGAUGAACCGUAUUACCUUCAUGCUAAGCAUAUGUACAACUUGGAUAGGAUGAAACAUCAGAAGCUGAAAAUGUCUCUUGCUGUUUUUACAGCCUUCAGCAUCGGUGUGUUUGUUCCCGUCUAUGCUGUAAUUUUCCAGCAGAAAAAGACUGCAUCUGGCUGAGCUAUCGAUGCUUGCCUUGCCUUCAUGGCAUGGCUGCUUUCAAUAAGAAACAACUCGGGAGUUGGUGAGAUUCCUUUGUAAUCUCAGCUUUUGGACUGAAGUUAUUUGAUGAUGUUAAUAUUUGCAUUUGCAGGGUUUGUGUUUUAGUAUUUCGGAGAGUUUCUGUUGACAAUCCAUGUUGGUAUUUGUGGGAAUUUAGGAUUUGAUUGUAAUAAAAUUAAUGUAUUUGGAUUUGCAUGGGAAGGGAAUUGCUUUUAUUAUUCAUAAUUUUU